UUGUGUGAUCUCAUUCAGCUUGAUGAGAACAUAAAAAGAAUGAUGGCCUGCAUCUGAUUCAUCCAUCGGACUUUAUAUAUCAUACGAAGUCGAUAUUAUCGAAUCCCUCAUAAUUCAAGGAUGGGUUUUCUCCUCUCUAGUUUUUGCAUGCAUUUAUUUUAUAUGCCUAUCAGUUUUCAAGCUUCACCUAAUACCUUCCACUAUUAAUCACUCGCUUGCCAUUCCCAUUAAUUCCAAUUCUUCUGUUUUUGGCUCCGGAUUCAUCUUCUUUUCAUCUCUUACAUUUUCAUGUAUAUUCAUUCAUUGCCUACAUUCCUUCCUUCUUUGUCAAGUUUCUCAUAAAGCUCCAAUUAAAGCCAAUACAUGUGGUUGUUAUUCUUUUUCUCUGUAGUUUAGCUUGUUAUGCAAGCCGACAGAAGCAAUGUAAGACACUGUUGCUUCUGUUGGGUACACCACUUGCACACGUAUAAAACACAACGGUCGUAAGCUUCGGAGCAAUUUACAGGCAUUCACUCGUAGGUGUAUCUAUUGGCAUUGAUUGUGCUUGAUAUUGAAUUUUCGUGGGUUUCAUGAGCAUUGUGAAAUCAUCUCAGCUGUUUGAGCCUAAUCGACAUGUACUCAAUUUUUUUCUCGAGUGGAAGGUUAAAGAGAUGGAACUGGUGCAAUUUGUGGAGCUUUUGGUUGAUGAUUUAUGUACCAAGUUGAGCCCCAAAAUUGUGGAGUAAUAUAAUUAAUGCAGCUGCAGUUUAAGACAAGUUGUAAGCUAUUCAUCACAAAUUAAUACAUUGAUAUUGAAAGGGAAAUCGAUCUUAAUAAGUGAAUCAUAUUCAGGGACUAUCCUGGUAUUAUAUUUGGCCAAGAGGCUGUCAAAAUGAAUGUACCGACCAACAAUUUCAGUAUGGAUGUUAACAAAAUGCCCGAAAAUCCUCCUCGAAGAGGCACCCACAGAAGAGCUCAGUCAGAAUUGGCAUUUCGUCUACCUUAUAAUAUUGAUGUUAGGUUAACUGGAACUGAAACGCCUACCCUCUCUGAUGAAAUGGGUGAAAAUUUGUUGCCCAUGUAUAUGAAUGUGGAGAAACAUGAAAAUAAUUGUUUGGUAGAAGGAGGAGAUAUGAAGAUAAAUGGUACCGGAGUUUCAAAUCAUUCGAGAAGCGUGUCUGUAGAAGACAAUGCAAUGUGGGGAUCAAAGGAUAAGGCUAUUUUUGGAAUUGCAGAUGGGUAUGGGGUAAUUGAAGUUUCUCCAGACCAUGGCCGAUCUCGGCAUCGACACAGCUAUUCCAUGGAUGGAGCAACGUCAUCGCUGUCUGAUCAACUACUUUCAGAAAUGCCAGAGUUAAAGAAAGCAAUGACUCCUGAAAAGCUUGCAGAACUGGCAGUCGCAGAUCCUAAGAGAGCGAAGAGGAUUCUGGCAAAUCGGCAAUCAGCAGCUCGAUCAAAGGAACGAAAGACAAUAUAUAUAUCAGAAUUAGAGCAAAAAGUGCGAACACUUCAGGCAGAAGCAACUACGCUUUCAGCACGGCUUACACUAUAUCAGAGAGAUACUUCAGAAUUAAGUACUGAGAACAGUGAAUUGAAAUUGCGUUUACAAGCCAUGGAACAGCAUGCACAACUUCGAGAUGCUUUGAAUGAGGCAUUAAAGGAUGAAGUACAACGACUAAAGAUGGCCACUGGUCAAUUUGUCCCAAGUAUUUCAAAUCCUUUCAAUGGGGACGUGCAGCAAGUACCACUUGAUCAGUUAGUCUUCUCUUUCCCCCGGCAAGCACACAACCUAACUGCUCAACAAUUUCAACAACUUAAGCUAUCUCGGUCCAUGUUUAACAAUGAACAAAAUCUGGGACAAUUCCAGCCAUGUUCUGAUUUCCUUCAAAACGGUUCUUCUGGGAUAACGCAUGGACUUAGUGGAACUCAAGGUGGAUAUUUUGUUAAGGGCCCUUCUGUUGCCAUCAGCCAUACCGGUACAAGGCCUGUUUAGAUUCUGCUUUAGAAUUAUUGGUUUGAGGUGUCACUUGUUUGAAACCUUUGCUCUUUCAAUCUGUUCACCAGGCUAUCUAUUUUAGGCAUGUCAUUGGUUGCAUCAGUCUUUGUUGAAUCUGAAGCAGAGAUUGAACAAAAGUCAAAUAAAGCUUAAUCACUGAAGCACACAUGUUGUUUCCAUUGUCUGGACGUCUUGAAUUUUUUGGCAUUAGUAUCACAGUACACAAAGUAGCAAGCAUUUUGGGUUGUUCAUACUGCAUGUUAGAGGAUGUAAAGUCACAAUUUUGCCUUUGUUUGAAUUUUCUAUCUGCGAGUAAAACUAGUUGUGGACUCGAGUCUGGAGGAGCUACCUUAUGACAGGAGGAGAACGGACUUUUUGUAAAGAGUGUUUCUGAGGCAAAACAUAUGUAUUCUAUCUGAGUUUUUGUUGGCCUCAUUUUGAUGAGCGACUCAGCAUUGGGUGAAUUCUGAUUGAAACGUGGUAAGGUGUUACCGGGUAAUUAUAAUUUAUUUUUUUGUAGCUGGAAAAACCAUUAUUUCUUUUCAGCUGGAAGAACUAGUUUAUGAGGAACAGUUCCCAAUAUUUUUAUUAUUUGCUGAUUUUGUGGGGAUAUCCGGCAUUCUUUUAGAGGAAUGCUAUACUCGAAAAUGUGGGUAUAGUUCUGUUAUUUUCUGUCCAUUCUCUAAAAUAGAUGAAAUUCUUGAGACGCCCUGCGAGGCCACUUAGGAGGUUAAGAUUUUUAAUAAGAGCAAUUGCACCUUUAGGUGCACUGAGAGGAAAUGUGAGAAUCGUUUAUUCAAACGCAACACAUUAAAUCAAUUUUCUUAUUUAAAAUCA